GAAUUCAGUCCGGACAGUGAGUAAGAUGGCACUCCCGAGGUACUUACUGGUGGUUUAUCUCUCUUUCUCUUGCGAUCAAUAUGUCAUGGGUCAGACGUGUGAAUACGGGUACACAAGCAACAGCAAUGGAACAUGUGUCGAUGAGGACGAGUGCCUCACUAGUCCAUGUGGACCCUAUUCAACCUGCCACAACAGGAUUGGAGGGUUUCACUGCAGCUGCCAGCAUGGUUUUGCCUCAGCUUUCAACCAACUUCUCAAUGGUACACGUGUGUCCUUUUGCCGAGAUGUUGACGAGUGUCUCACAGACCCAUGUGGAGCCAAUGCAUCCUGUCGCAACAGCAAAGGGAGCUUUUCCUGUACUUGUGUUAAAGGAUUUUACUCAGAUUCCGGAGAUCAUUCUUUUGCUGGUCGCCGUGAGUCAUACUGUAAAGAUUAUAAUGAGUGUAAGACGACUUCAACAAUAUGUGGAAAUGAUGCAACCUGUCACAACACUGAAGGGAGUUACUACUGUAAAUGCCACAAAGGAUUUGCCCGAUCAUCUGGGGAAACCAAUUUUACCGCUUACAACAAGGGAUGUAAAGAUGUGGACGAAUGCCUUAAGAACCCGUGUGGCUCUAAUGCAACCUGUGGCAACACAGUUGGGAGUUAUACCUGCACCUGUAACCCUGGCUUUAUAUCAUCAUCUGGAGGCACCAGACUGAAUCACAGUGAUAUAUGCGUCGAAUUUGACUGUCCUUCUGAUGAUUUCACCAUGUGCUCACCCAUAACCUUGGAGGCAGGGUCAAUGCAGGAGACCAGUUCAACUCCUGAGCCUGUACAUGAGGUUGACACUCCAUACUGCUCGGUCAUCAGCUUCUUCCAUGGUCACAAUGUGUGUGAGAAGUUACACAGUGAAGAGGAUUUUGACUCUGAGCAGUAUCUGAUGAACCUCACGUCGUUAACCAACGAGCUUCUGAGAAACCAUUCCCUGAUGGAAAACCUGGGAGCGCAGGAUCGGCAGAGAGCGCUGGAGGUGUCCCUGCAGUCCAUGGAGAACUCAGUGAUGGCUGUGACGUACACGCUUAGUGACCAGGAGAAAAAGAACAUGUCCUUUGGCAACAUAGAAGUUCAAAUGGAGGUGCUGCGAGGUCACAACAUUUCAGAUAUGGAAACAACAUCCCUCUCAGCGAAGGGAAACCAGAUGGACAUUCACUGGCGGGCGGUCACUGACGAAGAAGAUUCCGGCUUGGCUGGCGUGGCACUGAUCGCCUUCUCUCAGAUGGACUCCGUGCUUAAUGGCUCCUUGGACCACGAAGAGGAGAAUAUGCGGCUGAACUCUCACGUGCUGACAAUCGCCUCGACCCGUAAAAACAGACAGGCCCUCGUCGAACCCAUCAACAUCACGUUCCGAAACGAAAAGGAGAAGAAACCUCGAGUCCAAGUGGUCUGCAUCGCCUUAAACCGCACGGGAGUUGGAAGCCAUUGGUCCCGGCAGGGCUGCACUGUGAUAAAGUCUAACAUGACACACACCAUUUGCAAGUGCUCACACCUAACCAGCUUCGCAGUGCUAAUGGCAUUGUAUGAAACCCAGGAUCCCUGGCAUCUGUUGAACCUCAGCCUCAUUUCGUACAUUGGAAUAGGCAUCUCACUCGGGUGCCUCUUCAUUUCAUUUGUCACGUUCUUGAUGUGUCGUGGAAUUAGGAGCACCCGGACCACCAUCCACACCCACCUGUGCUUGUGCCUGUUCUUAGCAGAGCUCUUGUUCCUCGUUGGCAUUUCCCAAACCAGUAACAAGGUUGUCUGUGCAAUCAUCGCUGGGUUUCUGCAUUACUUCUUCCUGACUGUGUUUGCCUGGAUGUGUCUGGAGGGGAUACAGCUCUACCUCAUGGUGGUGAAAGUUUUCAAUGCAGGCUGCCUUGGAAAGCGACACAUGCUCCCAUUUGGCUACGGGCUUCCUCUCCUGAUUGUGGGGAUCUCGGCCGCUGUGGAUAGAAAGGGCUACGGAACAACCAAACAUUGCUGGCUGUCGCUGAAAAAUAAUUUCUUGUGGAGCUUCCUGGGGCCAGUGUGUGUGAUCAUAACGGUCAAUUUGGUUUUUUAUAGCAUCACACUGAUCAAGUUGGCAAAGAAGAUGUCCUCUAUUAAGAAGGAUGAACCUAAACUGAAGAUGAUCAGGACUUUCACAGUUACAGCAAUCGCACAGCUCUUUCUCCUGGGCUGUACCUGGAUAUUUGGAAUUUUCCAUUUUCAAAAGGAAACCAUCGCCAUGGCUUAUAUAUUCACCAUCAUUAACAGCCUUCAAGGAGCAUUCAUCUUCAUUCUUCACUGUCUCUUAAAUAAACAGGUGAGGGAAGAAUUUUGGAAACAGCUCUCGCGCAUCUGCUGCUUAAAGCCCAUUCUAUACUCAGAGUUCAUCCAGACUUCCACUGUGCCAAUGAUGAAUUUACAAUCAAGGAAUGCCUCAACUCAACAGAGCAGACCCAGCAGCCUUCACAGCACGCCAUGAACAUCUUCUGACCAAACUUGAAGAAUUAAGCCGACAUGCACUUUUACCAGGGAGAUUGUGCUGGGAGGGAUUGUGAAUCUCUCAAUGAAGGUUGUUGCUAUUGAUGGGCUGGGAGGUCGUUAUGGAUCCUUCUCAUGGGUCAGAUUGGCCCCAUACAAUGGGUCAACUCAUUUCUGAACCGACGGGAGGAAUACCACGUGGAAGAUGCACAUGUGGAAUGGGGACGGACUUGGGCUCAAAGAAGGAUAAGAAGACAUAUGUUUGACAUGCAUGUUCUGCACCAGACACCGUCCACCCGAGUGGAAGGGACCAUCCUAAUGAAGCCAAUCUCGGGGGUUUCUCUUUCUGUUGCUCUUAUGUGUUUGUAGUAUUUUGUGUCGUACAGUACAUAGUUUAUCAUGAGUCAGUGUGACUUCAUGUUAAAGAACAUUGUGCUGUGUUUUUCGAAGUAUCUGGAUUGAUUCUGGAGGGACGUUCAAUCCUAUCCAUUGGGUUCUAUGCUGUUGUGUUUUUUUUUGUUAUUAUUCUGACAUUUUAUUUUCUGCCAACACUUCUCUCAGCUUUGUAUCAAAACGUGGAGCAACACAAAGGGGGCCAAGACCUGGUGUCAUCAUAAUGAGUAAUUAUCUAUCUGGCAAUGAUGGUGUAGUAGUAAUGUCACUGGACUGUUAAUCCAAAUGCUAUGGGUAAGGAGGUUUAAAUCCCGUCACGCUAGCUGCUGGAGUUUAAAGUUCAGUUAAUCAAUCUGGAAUAUGAAGCUAGUCUCUUUUUUUGUUUUAAAAAAAAAACCCAUCUGGUUCACUAAUUCCCAA